AUGACGUUUUACAUUCGCCGCGAAGCUUCUAAGCUAUGGAAGAGGUUUUGUUCGGAGCUAACGACGGAGAUUGGUCUCCUCGCUGAGAACUGGAAAUACCUUCUUGCUGGUCUCAUCUGUCAGUAUGUUCAUGGUUUAGCAGCUAGGGGAGUUCAUUAUAUUCACCGGCCAGGACCAACGCUUCAAGAUCUUGGCUUUCUUCUUCUUCCGGAGCUUGGUCAAGAUAAAGGCUACAUAAGUGAAACUGUGUUCACUUGUGUGUUUCUUUCGUAUUUCCUGUGGACUUUCCAUCCUUUCAUCGUAAAAAGCAAGAAGAUAUACACUGUGUUGAUAUGGUGCAGAGUCCUCGCUUUCUUAGUUGCUUGUCAGUUUCUCCGAGUAGUAACAUUCUAUUCGACUCAGCUUCCAGGCCCUAACUAUCACUGUCGAGAGGGCUCUGAGCUUGCUACUUUGCCACGGCCAAAGAGCGUUCUUGAAGUUCUCUUGAUCAACUUUCCUCGUGGGGUGAUAUAUGGAUGUGGAGACUUGAUUUUCUCGUCGCAUAUGAUCUUCACACUAGUCUUCGUCCUCACUUACCAGAAAUACGGUUCCAAAAGGUUCGUAAAGCUGUUAGGUUGGGUCAUUGCCAUAUUGCAAAGCCUCUUGAUAGUCUCGUCACGUAAACAUUACACAGUAGAUGUUGUGGUUGCGUGGUAUACAGUGAACUUGGUUGUGUUCUUCCUCGACAAGAAGUUACCAGAGUUGCCUGAUCGGACAACAACGGCGUUGCUCCCUAUGAGCUCGAAAGACAAGACGAAAGAAGAGAAUCACAAACUCAUGAACGGGAAUGGUGUUGAUCCUGCAGAUUGGAGACAGAGGGGUCAAGUGAAUGGCAGGGUUUAUGAAGACAGCAAUGGAGGUCACACCGAUAACGCUACCAAUGGCUCAUGA